CACACACACACACACACACACACCAAGCAUCGUCUACUAUAGAAAUCUGAUCAUCACUCAUCAGAUUAACCCUAGCUCUCAAAAAAUCUGAGUAAAAUUUUCUGGAUACAAUCAAGAGUAACUCAACAAUUCAACCAUCGUCAAUCGACAAUCAAUCUGUAUUCGCCGGAAUCUUUAUUGUUUUUAAAGAAAACCCUACUUUUUUAUUCAAAUUUUUAUGCUCCCAUCUGGAUUUCACUGUAAAUCUGAAGAAAGAAAGGAAUCGAAAUUGAUGGAGUUCCAAAUACAAUUGGACCGGAUUUGUCGACUUGAUCGACUGAAUCAUUGAUUGAUGUGCAUAUUUACACAAUUGAAGUAGUGAAAAUUGGGCCAGGAAAUUAUUCGAAUUUUCGAGCUUUAAGCUUUUGUUUGAGCGGAUAAGAAUGUAUCCGAAAUUGGUGGCUGUGUACGACGGGGAUAGGGUGCUCGGAGAGGUGCAGGUGCACCUCCAAAACGGCGUCGUUUUAGGGGCCGAGCUUAGGGAAAUUCGGAUAUCGCACUACUCGCCGCCGAGCGAGAGGUGCCCGCCGCUCGCGGUGCUCCACACCAUAAACCCCGCCGGACUAUGCUUCAAACUGGAAUCUGCGGCCUCGAAUCAAGACUCGCCGCUUUCGCUUUUGCAUGUCAGCUGUCUCAGAGAAAACAAGACAGCUGUAGCAUCAAUUGGAGGAGGGGAGGUUCACUUAGUUGCCAUGCACUCGAGAAAGUUUGACAGACAGAACCCAUGCUUUUGGGGCUACAGUGUGUCGUCAAGCCUAUACAACUCUUGCCUUGUGAUGCUGAACCUCAGAUGUCUUGGUAUCGUAUUUGAUCUUGACGAGACUCUCAUAGUUGCAAAUACAAUGCGUUCUUUUGAGGACAGAAUAGAGGCACUGCAGAGGAAAAUAAGUACAGAGAGCGAUCCUCAGCGUGUUUCUGGGAUGUUAUCAGAGGUUAAACGUUAUCAGGAUGAUAAAAAUAUUUUGAAGCAAUAUGCGGAGAGUGAUCAGGUGAUUGACAAUGGGAAGGUUAUCAAGUCUCAGUCCGAGUUGGUUCCUGCUUUAUCCGAGACCCAUCAGCCUAUUGUCCGUCCUCUUAUACGGCUUCAGGAUAGGAAUAUUAUUCUUACUCGCAUUAAUCCACUGAUACGUGAUACUAGUGUUCUUGUGAGAUUAAGACCGGCAUGGGAGGAGCUGAGAAGUUACUUGACUGCUAGAGGACGUAAGCGGUUUGAAGUUUUUGUUUGCACGAUGGCUGAAAGAGAUUAUGCUUUAGAAAUGUGGAGGCUUCUUGAUCCAGAAUCGAAUUUGAUAAACUUGAAGGAGCUUUUGGACCGGAUUGUAUGCGUUAAGUCUGGCUCUAGGAAAUCACUAUUCAAUGUUUUCCAAAAUGGGAAUUGUCAUCCAAAGAUGGCAUUGGUGAUUGAUGACCGACUAAAAGUAUGGGAUGACAAAGAUCAACCUAGAGUCCAUGUUGUUCCAGCAUUUGCUCCAUAUUAUGCACCUCAAGCUGAGGCCAACAACACUGUGCCUGUGCUCUGUGUGGCUAGAAACGUAGCCUGCAAUGUGAGAGGCGGUUUCUUUAAAGAAUUUGAUGAUGGUAUGCUGCAACGGAUUUCUGGAGUUGCAUAUGAAGAUGAUAUUAAAGAAGUGCCGUCCUCACCUGAUGUCAGCCAUUACUUAGUUUCAGAGGAUGAUCCUUCAGCUUUAAACGGAAACAGAGAUUCCCUUGGUUUUGAUGGAAUGGCAGAUGCCGAGGUGGAAAGAAGAUUAAAGAGCGCAUCCAAAAUAGUCUCAGCACAAGCUAACAAUACCAUAACUAGUGAAAUCAAACUCUUUCAGGAGGCUAUGUCAGCUUCUUCAUCUUCUCCACCAAUUGCAAAUUUAGAUCCGAGAAUCACAUCCGCUUUGCAGUACGCGCUACCAUCCUCUUCUUUCUCAGUUCCUCCCAUAACAACAAUACAAGGGCCAGCAAUGUCUUUUCCUAGUCAGCAAUUACCUCAAGUGACCUCACUCCAUAAACCGCUGGUAUCUCAACUUGGACAAAUAGAAUCUAACUUGCACACUUCUCCUGCCACCGAAGAGGGUGAAGUUCCAGAAUCAGAAUUAGAUCCCGACACAAGGAGGAGAAUGCUAAUUUUGCAACACGGUCAAGACGUGAGAGAGCCUCCACCCGAGCCUCAUUUUUCUGCUCGUCCACCUGGACCACCACCUCCCAUGCAAGUGUCUGUUCCAAGAGUUCCACCACGUGGUUGGUUUCCCGUUGAAGAAGAAAUGAGUCCACGGCAAUUAAACAGAGUGGGUCCACCCAAGGAGUUCCAUUUGAAUACGGAGCCUCUCCCGAUAGACAAGAAUCGGGGUCAUCAUCCUCCUCCUUUUCUCCCGAAAGUGGAACCUUUGAUUCCUCCUGGUAGAGUUGUCGAAAGCCAAAGGUUGCCAAAGGAGGCAUUUCCAAGAGAAGAUCAAUUGAUAUUAAAUCAAUCAGCGCCUGAUUAUCAGUCUUUUUUGGGUGGAGAUGGCCCUGUACCUCAGCCACCUUCAUCAAAUAAAGAUUUCGAGCUUGAAGCUGGACAGAUUGGUCCCUACCCUGAAACAUGUACUGGAGCAUUACAGGAAAUCGCGUUCAAGUGUGGAACAAAGGUGGAGUACAAGCAAUCUAUAUUGUCAAGCACAGAAUUACAGUUUCUUGUAGAGGUCUUGUUCGCUGGGGAAAGAGUUGGUGAAGGAGUUGGUAGAACAAGAAGGGAAGCACAACGCUUGGCUGUUGAAGGAUCUCUUUUAUAUUUGGCUGAUAAAUACUUGUCACAGAUUAGGCCUGAAUCCGGCUGCGAGCCCGGGGAUGUGAAUAGGUUUGAUAGUCGAGUAGAUAAUGAUUUCACUAGUGAUGUCAACUCCUUUGGGUAUCAUUCAUUGCCUAAGGAGGAUGGGGCCUUUCCAACAGUUGGCCCACCACCACAAAGGAUUUUAGAUCCAAGAAUUGAGGCCUCCAAGAGGCAUACGGGCCCAAUAGCUGCUCUUAAAGACUUAUGUAUGAUGGAGGGCCUUGGUGUAGCAUUCCAAACUAAGUCUCAAUUUUCAGCUAAUCCUGCUCUGAAAAAUGAGGUGUACGCUGAGGUUGAAGUCAAUGGUCAAGUAUUGGGCACAGGAAUUGGGCUAACAUGGACUGAAGCUAAGUCAGAGGCUGCGGAAAAGGCUCUUAUAGCCUUGAAAUCCAGAAUCGGUCAGUUUCCUUACAAGCGUCAGGGUUCUCCAAGAAAUGAAUUGGCGAACGAACCUCCAAGAUCCAUGCAGGGUUUUCAAAGCAAAAGGUUGAAACCAGAUUUUCCUCGAGUUCCUCAACGUAUGCCAUCAACCGGCAGAUAACAUUUCUCCUAUACCCUACAAUUUCCAUAUGUAUUUCUCUUCGUUUUUCGGUCUAGCCCAAGUUUUCCUCGUUCGCCAUCUAGCCUAAAGCUCACGAACAAAUCAUCCUACUGAUUACAAUUGACCACUUACUGUAAAGAGAGCUUGCAAAAGCAAUAACUGCUUUUGUAAAGAAGAGCUUGUUAUUAUAAGGGCUCUCGGCUGGAAGAAAACUAUUAAACGGCAAGUAACUUUGGCAUAAAGUGGUUGACAAAAGGAAAAAAUGCUCGAAUGGCGGUUAGGAGAGAAAGGGUUAGGUUAGUUGAGAUGCUAAAUUUCAUUCUGCUAUUGGCAUCCCUUAGUUUUUUUAUUUCUUUUUUUUUUUUCGUUCAUAAUCAACGAGUCGGGAUGCUUUUUUUUUCCUUCGUUUUUCCUUUUCUUUUUUCUUGGUUAAAUACGAUGUGUGGCAAGCUAAUACACGGCGAUUUUAUGUAAUUAAUGCCGAGUCUGAUUGUGCAUGUUUGAUCUUUUAGAGUUACUUGUCCCUGACUUUUAUUUGUUUGUUGCCUUGUUGGUGAUUUUCUGCUGAUGAGGAAAGGAACCUGAUAAAAAUGCUGCCAAAGGUGUGGUAUUUCCUUAAUGCUUGUGUUGCCAAAUUCACAAGCUACUUUGCUAAUAAUAUCUUGA